AAGCCGUAGUUGCUAGGGAAGAUGGCGGCCCCCCAGCAGCCGCAGCAGGCCCCGGCGCAGGCCCCGGCGCCCGGGCCGCAGCUCACGCUCCAGGCGGGCCCGGGGCAGCAGCCCCAGCUGCAGACUCAGGCGGCCGCGCAGGCCCAGGCCCAGGCCGCCGCGCAGGCGCAGGACUUCGACCCCGUGCAGCGCUACAAGAUGCUGAUCCCGCAGCUGAAGGAGAGUCUGCAGAACCUGAUGAAAAUCGCGGCUCAGAAUCUCAUCCAGAACACGAACAUCGAUAACGGGCAGAAAAGCAACGACGGGUUGGUGCAGCGCUUCGACAAGAGCCUGGAGGAGUUCUACGCCCUGUGCGACCAGCUGGAGCUUUGCCUGCGGCUGGCCUACGAAUGCCUGUCCCAGAGCUUCGACAGCACCAAGCAUUCCCCCAACCUGGUGCCGACGGCCACCAAACCCGAUGCGGUGCAGACCGAGAGCCUGCCGUACACCCAGUACCUGAGCAUGAUCAAAUCCCAGAUCUCCUGCGCCAAGGACAUCCACAAUGCCCUGCUGGAGUGCUCCAACAAGAUCACCGGCAAGAUCCCCGCCCAAGGGGGGCCAUAGCCCACAGCGCUGGCACAGUUGUUGCUCCUGCUCGGCAGCCGGCGUGGUUUGAAGGAGACUUGGAUCGUUUCCAGGCCGGCACUGUGUCAGCCGGUGAAACUUUACAAACUUGCAUCUGACCCACGGCCUGUCUCAGGUCCUCUGAAUUCCCUGCCUGGGUAGAUGGUCUCGUUUGUAUCGAGAGUGAAAUGAACGUCCCUGGUCCGCUUUCUCCUCUAACUCCCUCUGGUCUUACUCCUUCCCUCCCCUCCCAGUUCUCAUGUUCCCUCCUUUCCCCCUCACCUUUCUCACAUCUCCUAGGCCUGAUCCUCAGCUGCCAUCAGACCUUCGCCGAACUCACUGUUGCGACGCUAGCCUAUGCCACCCGGUGGCUUGGCCCACGUACAUUCGGAACGCAUUAGCCCUGCUAAAACUGACUCACCUAGCACAGGAUCUACUUGCCGAAGUCUCCCUUGCCAGGGCCUAAGCCCCCUCCACUCCCCUUUGACUUCAGGAGGGGUCGAGGAGACCUGAGAUUGUGCUGCUAAUGAAGUGAGGAGGAUCAGACAGAAUCUUUCUCUGCCAUCAAAUUAAAACUUCCCCCCACCCCAGGUGAAUGGGCUGGAUUGUAGCUUUCCAGGUUGGUGGGUGUAUUAUUUAUUUUCCUUAAACAGUAACCCUGUCAAAGAAAUGCCAUUGAGUUAAAACAAGCCCCGGUGUUAAUUUCCUCCUGCCAUCACAGUGACUUUACCUCACUGUAACCCUUCUGUCCUUUGAGACAUUUCUCUCCUGACCUGCGUGGAGCGAGAGGGGAAUCGGACUCCAGCUCAUUUCAAGCUUGUUAAUGAUAACGCCUUUGAUCCUUUAAAACAGAGGGCUGGCCUGUGAUUCCGUUCACACCAGCGUAAAGCAGAAGUAACGAACAGAAUUAUCUCUGCGUCAGACUGGCAUAAAACCUAAAGGAGAAUCAGAUCCAAAGAGUGAAUUAAAGCAAAACAACUUUGA